AUGUCCACCACUCCUGGGCCCGCGCAGCACGGAUCGGAACCUGGGCCGUCAAGAGCCCAGCGGCAGAAGCCGCCUUAUAUCCCAAAACCGAAAACGUUAAAACAUAGCCUCUCACAACCCGUAAUCCAAGAAGCAUUUGAAGUGGACUAUUAUCUAUCCAGGACGGGUAACUGGAAGCAUAUCAAAAUGUCAGCCGUUGUGAAAAUUUUCAGGGUUCUGUUUGAUAUGCUUGAGUCCGCAAGUGAAGAUAAGUGGUUAUUUGUAUGGCUUGGGGGCUUAGUUAUGAGAAGCUGGGAGAAGCUGCCAGACUGGUCCGAAGAUCCUGCACCGCAUCCAUUAGAUAGCUCACCCUGGUCACGAGGUUCCAGCUCACUUUCCCUUUCUUCAGCGCCAUCAGCUCAGUCCGCCAGUAGUGAGGGUGCCGAAUCAAUUAAUUUAAAGCGGGAACGAGCUGAAAAAAAGAGCCAUCUUGGUAUUGACGAACGUAAGUGA